AUGCACCGGCUCUUGCACACGCAAAUAUCGGCAUUGCCAUGGGUUUGUGCGGCAGCGAUAUUGCUCGUCAAACAGCCGACAUUGUUCUGUUGGAUGACAAUUUUGCGUCGAUUAUUCUCUCCAUCGAUCUGGCGUCUGAAAUGCCACCGGCUGUGUCACUUGCCUACGAGCAACCAGAACAGGACAUCAUGCUGA